AUGGCUACACAAACAUCUGCCACCAAGGAUCAAAGAGCCAGCAGGAGUGAACAGCAUGUUUCCGAACAGCCUCCUGCCACAGACCUGGAUAUGGAAUGCCAUAAAGCAGCUCCGGAUGGGCAUCAAGAAUUGGACCGUACUUCAGACCAGACCUACUUCAGGAAGACUCGGAUGAAGAGGAUGUGGAUCCGCAGCCAACUGCUUCCACACCUCUUGCUUCAACAAUUCCAGUGGUGGUGGAUAUUCAACGUGGCACCAUCACGUGUGGACAGGGUUAACACCUUGGCUGUGGAGAUGCAGCACCGUCAGGACUCCGUCAGAGAUACCAUCAACAGCCAAAUGGAGGCCAUAAGGAUUACAAUGGACAGUAUGUCCAACACUCUUAAAGAAAUUCAGAAAGAGGAUCGACACACCAUCAUGGACACUCUUCAGAUUCUGACAACAUCUGUCUGCAAAUUGGUGUACAACUCAGUUUGUCAAAGCGCCGCCAUGGACAGCAUGGCAGCAAACCAACGCCAAACAGCAGCAAGCUCCAGUCUUAGCGUGACUUCCAUGCAACUCAUGAAGAAAAACUUCCAGGAGCACCACAACCAUCAUCAAGACUACCACCAACAGCUGCACAGUGACCCCCACCGUAUGCCCUUACUUCACGAACACCCUGGUAUUGACAAUAUCAACAAUACCAAGGGUAUCAAGGGAUGUACCCAGUCUACAGGUAGACUCGACCAGCAGCACCAACAAGACCUCCAAGAAGACGUCCAUCACCACCAAGCAUACCACCAAUUCUGGAUCCGGAUGAAGAGGAUACUGGAGACUGAAAUUUGUUGUAAAAUGUAAUUCUUUUAUAUGUAUAUUUUUGUGUCCCCUUUUCUCCCUCCCAUUAGUUUAUUUUUUUCUUUGCAAUGUUUUAACUUGCAAAUUUCUCAUGAGCAGGUUUAAUUUACAAAGGAGUUGAGAGUUCGAUUUUGGGUAUACAUGCAUGUGUGUGUAUAAAUGUGGUGAAAGGAUGACAGCUCCUUUAUAUUUUGGCUACGGUUUAUUCAAAUGAACCAUUAAAGAGCAAACUCUGAUCCCACAUUUCUUUAAAAAUGUUUUAUUUAAAUUGUACCAUGAUGUGCUAUUGGCUUA